CCCCCCCCCUCCUCCCGCACACCACCAGCCUUUCUCUUUGCUUCAGUCACUUCCUUCCUCAGCCUCUUCCUCCCCUGGGCGGUGAAUAAGAUAACGUUUAUUAGCUCCGGGCUAACGCUGCAGCACUUUUUCAGCGGAAAAGAAAAGGAGGCGGAGAGACAGCAAUGAAUGUGGAUCAUGAGGUUAACCUCUUAGUGGAGGAAAUUCAUCGUUUGGGUUCAAAAAAUGCUGAUGGGAAGUUAAGUGUGAAGUUUGGGGUCCUCUUCCGAGAUGACAGAUGUGCCAACCUCUUUGAAGCAUUGGUAGGAACUCUCAAAGCUGCAAAACGAAGAAAGAUUGUUACAUACGCUGGAGAGCUGCUUUUGCAAGGUGUUCAUGAUGAUGUUGAUAUUAUAUUGCUGCAAGAUUAAUGUAGUUUGCCUAUCAUCGUUUACUGUUAUUUUCUGGUAAACUGGAAUAUUUUCAAGCCGAAGGGCAAACAUGAGCAUACUUAAUGUAUUUUUAUAGACCUUGUAAACAAAAAGAGAUGUUUUAGAAGUCCAUCCUUUUUAUAUUUUGGAAGAAAAUUUAUGUAUUACACUGUCAAACAAAAUCUAUUAUUUUUCUCAGGAAUCUGGUUGGAAAAUGUAGACAUUGAGGCUUUUUUUUUUUUUUGGUGGGCGUGUGAGAGUGUUUCAUAAAUCAUUCUUAGACAAUUUCUACAGAUAAUUGACAUUCUGUGAAAGCAAGAAGCAAACUGAAAACCAGUUCCCCCAAAGAAUAUUAUAAUGUUUAUGUAAUAAAAACAUGUAGCUAUCUUAAAA